AUGAAUGGCCUGGAGGCAGCCCUACCGAGUCUGACAGACAACUCCUCCCUGGCUUACUCUGAGCAAUGUGGACAGGAGACCCCCCUAGAGAACAUGCUUUUCGCUUGCUUCUACCUUCUGGAUUUCAUCCUAGCUUUUGUGGGCAAUUCUCUGGCCCUGUGGCUCUUCAUAUGGGACCAGAAGUCAGGGACCCCGGCCAACGUGUUCCUGAUGCACCUGGCGGUGGCAGACUUGUCCUGUGUACUGGUCCUGCCCACUCGGCUGGUUUACCACUUCUCUGGGAAUCACUGGCCAUUCGGGGAAAUCCCAUGCCGACUCACUGGCUUCCUCUUCUACCUCAAUAUGUACGCCAGCAUCUACUUCCUCACCUGCAUCAGCGCUGAUCGGUUCCUGGCCAUCGUGCACCCUGUCAAGUCCCUCAAGCUUCGGCGACCUCUCUAUGCCCACCUGGCCUGUGCCUUCCUGUGGGUGGUGGUGGCUGUGGCUAUGGCCCCACUGCUAGUCAGCCCACAGACUGUGCAGACCAACCACACGGUUGUCUGCCUGCAACUGUACCGGGAGAAGGCCUCCCACCACGCCCUGGCAUCCCUGGCUGUGGCUUUCACCUUCCCCUUCAUCACCACAGUCACCUGCUACCUGCUGAUCAUUCGCAGCCUGCGCCAGGGUCCCCGCAUAGAGAAGCAUCUCAAGAACAAAGCCGUCCGCAUGAUCGCUAUGGUUCUGGCCAUCUUCCUCAUCUGUUUUGUGCCCUACCACGUCCACCGUUCCGUCUAUGUGCUUCACUACCGCGGCAGGGGGACUUCAUGCGCCGCUCAGCGUGCCCUGGCCCUCGGCAACCGGAUCACCUCCUGUCUCACCAGCCUCAACGGGGCCCUGGACCCUGUCAUGUACUUCUUCGUGGCUGAGAAGUUCCGCCAUGCCUUGUGCAACUUGCUCUGCAGCAAACGGCUCGCGGGACCCCCUCCCAGCUUUGAAGGAAAGACCAACGAGAGCUCCCUAAGUGCCCGAUCCGAGCUGUGA